GAGCAAGGGCCUUACCACCUAGACAACAUUCUGGAAAUGAGACCACUCACCUCCUCACCCAUUCAGCCCUUCACAAAUGUGGGACUGUGACAGGAUUCCCUUCUCUUGCCAUGUCACAGUGCUGCACUGAACAUCCUACAUGUUCUAUUAUCCUGAUCCAACCUCUGCCAGGUAAAGUCCCUGUCUUCGGAUCCCCAAAAUGGACUGUGCUGUUAGAAAUCACAGGGACACUGCUGUUAAUGCAGGGAGGUGCUGUCCAUACUCAUCUAACAAUCUGACCUGAGAUCCUAAUGUGUUCAGUCAUUUCCCACCUCAAAUUCUCGUGUGAAUGCCAGGAUCCUUUUUCCUACUCUGGGCACCCAGGUCUCAGGCUUGCCACAAGUCACUGGGGUCUGGGGGUUUGGUCUGCAUUCUGGACUCCAACCCUCCUGUUGGCCAUAGUGCUGUGUCUGAUUCUAUUUCCUUCAUGUGUUCUACCUCAGGGUACAAAUGUCACACCCGGGGAUGAUAAUGAGAACUGUGUGCGGUGGACCAUCGAUGCAGGCCUGCUGAAGCAGCGAGUGGAACACCUCGUGCCCGCCUUCCUGGGGAGAGACCCCACGUACGUCUCCACCUUCUUGGGCACAUACCCAACUUUUACUACCACCCAGCAGGUCCUGGAAGUGUUGUUUAUGAGAUACGGAUGCUUCCAUUCGGACGCUGAGGAGGAUGGCGGACCCCGGGAGCAGGAGAAACAGGCCAUCUCCUCCAUCCUGGGCACCUGGCUGGACUACUACCCCGAGGACUUUUUCCAGCCCCCAGAUUUCAUCAGCCUGAAGGCACUGCAGGAAUAUGUAGGGGUCCACAUGCCGGGCUCUGAGCUGCAGCGCCGCGCCCGCCUUCUCUACUCAUGGCGGAGAAAGUGA